CCCAAAGUGCCUGCAGUAAAAUGUUAUUAUGAUCCGACGGACCAAAACGGUAAUGUUUGGGCCUAAAUAUUGGUUCAGUACAUAUACACAUUAUUAUAUAAGGAAAUUAGCUAAAAAGACAAAUUGAUUAAUUAGUUAAAACUUUUAAUAAGAAAAGAAAAAAGUGUGAAGAGAAUGGUCCCUAUAGCGGAUUCGUUUCUUGUCGGCUUGUGAUCUGUCUUACUCUUACACACACUGUCCAGAAUUGAAACCUUCCUAAAUUAUAAACUACAAUCCUCCAAUUUUAUUUCUUUUAAAUAAUUUUAGUUUCUCUGCUUAAUUAUCUGUGCCUUUACUGUCCAAAGAUUAUCCCAUUUAUGUUCGUUAUUAAUCAUACCUCACGCUUUUUACAACUUUCCAUUUUUUUCCCCAUUUUCACUUCUUAAAACAGUAUUUCAAGCCUCUGAUCAAAACAGAGGACUCGCCAAAACAGCAGAGGAAUCAAAUUGGUGUUUUUUUUUUUAAUGCAUUUUCCUUUUCCUGUAACUCUCAUAAUCUCUCAUAAACAGAAAAAAGGAAGAAAAAUUAUACCCAUUGCUAGCUGUACUGUACCCACAUUUGCCAUUUCCUUUCUUCUUUAUUACAAGCUCAACAAUCACCUUCCAUUUUCUGAUUUUUAUAUUCAUUUGGUGUAUAAGAAACUUGCGUUUGAUGUUUUUUUAACUGAAAAUCUUGUGAAUGUCCAGAUAAGUACAAAUGCGGAACAUAUGGAGAGAAGGACACAGAAGGAGCCCUCGAAUAUCUGCUUUGGAUGCAAAUAUUAAGAAAGCUCAGCCAUCGAGGUUUAUUACUGUUGCUCAAAGUAGGUGCAGCAAUAAUACUAAUACUACUUUACAUGGCAAGGAUCACCUCAAGAAACGCCCCUGUUUGAGUACCGGUGCGGGCCCAGCUUCUAGGACCAGAGGCAAGAAGAAGAGAAAACUUAGACCUCUUCAAGAUGUGGCUGCGUUUGUCAAUGCUCAAGAGGAUCCCAAGUCAAGUGAUGAGCAGGAUGGCAGACAAGUGAGCCCUGAAGAUCUUCAGAUAACUACUGAUCAACCAAUUGUGCAGAGUAAAGAACACCAAAAAUACAAGGAUCAAGUUAUCAAUCCAGAUCAACCACCUGCUGGGCAACGUGUUUCAUGGAUUCCGAAAAAACGCAUACUAGAGCUUAUACUUGACGUACUGCAGAGGAGAGAUACUCAUGAAAUAUUUGCAGAACCAGUUAACCAGGAGGUAGAGGAUUAUUAUGAAAUCAUCAAGGAGCCUAUGGAUUUUGGGACCAUGAGAGCUAAACUUCAUGAAGGAAUGUAUAAUAGUCUUGAACAGUUCGAGCAUGACGUAUUUCUGAUAUCCAGAAAUGCAAUGCAUUUUAAUUCAUCCAGUACAAUAUAUUUCAGACAGGCUCGUGCCAUUGAUGAACUAGCUAAGAAGGUUUUUCAUGUUCUUAAAACUGAUCCUGAGAAUUUUGAAUUUGAGUUUUCGGGGACUAGACGACGAACUAGUAGAAGGCCCAAAUGUGAAGCUAAGAGUUCAGCUUGUAGCUCAUCUUCUAAGCUCAUCACUAACUCAAAUACUGGGAUGCUUAAUGUAUCACGAACAACUGUGCUCAGUUCAGCAAGCAGUAUAACAAAUUUAAGAACAGCAAUGCGACUAAUACCCAGGUGCUCUGGCAGUGGUCUUACUACUCAAUCGGAGCUAAGAGAUGAGGAAGUGCCUUUUGGUGGUGGAGAUGGCAGAGGAUCUAGUUCUUCUGAAGCAGACAGACGUUCUACAUAUAGAUCUUCUUCUUUGUCUGUCCUCAACGGAAGUUCAAUUGUUUCUACAAUUUAUAGUAACUCAAAAUUACUAAUGCAUAUGGAUCAGCAAGAUAAUAGUUAUCGUCAAAGCUUAAUGUUGUUUGUUAAAGACUUAGGACCAACAGCCCAAAUGAUUGCCAAACGCAAGCUAAAUGGAUGGUCACCUGAAGCUGCUAAUUAUCUUAAUUCAGGUUCAAACUGGCCUACGGUUCCAAACCGCAAGAACCAUGGGACAUUCAGCUUUAGCCAGUGGAUGCCCACUACUUUAGAAACAAAGUCUCAGAAUUUAAUCAAUGGUUACAAAAUUGACAUGCUUGAUGCUGAUAAAGGGGAGAAAGCUUUUUCAGGUGACAGAAUGGGAAUUCGUGGCAGUUCAAUGGAAGUAGUAUCACAUGGUUACGAUAGGAGUGUCUUUGGUGCCAUUAGACAAGAAGCUUGGAGCAGCAGCGAUACGAAAGCUGGAGAUGUUUCUAGGAGUGACAAUUUUCAACAGAAUCAGAACAGUAUGAUUCAAAUUGGUUCACCCUCAUCUAUCACGAAUGGGAGGAAUCUCAAGUUUUCAGCGGCUGGGUUAAAUAAUGAAAAGAAGUCGGCACAACUGAAAGUGGACAAAAGCAAGAGAGAUGAUAAACUGCAAUUACUGGAUUCAGCUUCCAAGGAGUCUCAGCCAAAUGUCUUAGAACACAAGUUAAGUAACAAUUACAGCUUCUCGUCACCUUCAUGGACCCUAGAGACAACGGCCAAUGGCAAAUCAGGUUGUGAUCAAACUAUAGGCUCCAUAAAUAACCUUACUUCACCAUAUGUGAGGGGUCAUGACCAAGCGGUAGCGACUCGAGGUCAAGGUGCGAGUCAAGAGACUGGAUGGACAUUGAAAUCAAGCCAAACAUUGACACUAGUUCCCCAGUUCAUGUUUGAUCUACCUUUCUUAAAGACAAGACUUGAUGAGAUGAAUUAUUUUGGACAGGAUAGAUUUUUGCAACAGACCUCAGGUGGCCAAGGACCUUUUCUGAGUGAGACUUACCACGAGAACCAUCCAUAUUCCUGUUUAGACACUCAGCUAAAUAACUAUGCGCUUCAGCUGUAAGAAAUCAACAUGACAAAAUAUAUAAACUCGUCUUCAAAAAGAUUUGUUAAUAUAUUGCCAUUCUAUUGCAUUAGGAAAGGGCUUCUCAUGGGUUCUGAAA